AUGUCUGCUUCCCCCGAGCACCAGGCCGACUCACCUGCCGCGGCCUCUCCUGAUCACGACGAGUCCGAAAAAGUCGCGACUCCGAUCGCCGGUGAUGACGACGAGGGCGAGAACAAUGCCGAAUUAGCAGUGGAAGCCGGAGAGAAUGUAGAUAAGGACGAGGAACAAGACGACGUUGAGGCCGACAACGAAGGCGAGAUCUCAGACGACGAGUCGAUUCUAUCCGAAGUCGACGAGGCACAAUUUGACAACUUUGAUCCGGAGAAUGUCGAUAUCGACGACCGCCCGCAGCUAGCGAUCGAUGAGGAAAAUUUGAAGCUGAUCGGCCGCCACAAGCGCAAGCGCACCGAUGAUGGCGAAGGGCGCUCGCGCCGCAAGGAGGGCCGUCGUGAGAAGAAGAGCCGUCGCGGCCAGGAUGAGGACGACGAGGGCGAGGGCACAUCUCGCCGUAAGGAGCGCAAGAAGAAGGAGGCGUCACCAGAUACAGAUGAGGAGACACUGGAUCCUGAGACUCGUCGUCGCAGGGCCCUUGAUCGUGCAAUGGAUGCAGCUAUGAAGAAGCCUAGCAAGAGGCGAUUCCGUAAACAGGAUGGAAUUGACUUGGAGGCAAUGGCUGAUGCUGAGAUUGAAGACAUGCGAAAGCGCAUGACCCACGCCGCGCAGAUGGACGCCAUUAACCGCCAGGAAGGAAAGCCGGCCAUGCACAAGCUCAAACUGCUCCCUGAAGUGAUCAUGCUUCUCAAUCGCAACCAGUACAUCAACAGCCUGGUGGACCCCGAAAUCAAUCUGUUGGAGGCUGUCCGCUUCUUCCUCGAGCCUCUGGAUGACGGUUCUAUGCCCGCGUACAACAUCCAACGCGACCUCUUGACUGCACUUACCAAGCUUCCCAUCAAUAAAGAUGCUCUGAUUGCCAGUGGAAUCGGGAAGGUGGUCGUUUUCUAUACGAAGAGCAAGCGCACGGAGCGGCGCAUUAAGGACAUGGCGGAGAAGCUGCUGGCCGAAUGGACGCGCCCUAUCCUUCAGCGCAGCGACGAUUAUUCGAAGCGUGUGUUCCAGCAAGCCGACUUCGACCCUACCAAAAUCACCAAACGCACUCAGACUCCCGCCGAAGUUGUUGCCGCCGAAGCUCGGGCGCGCGAGAUGCUUCCCCCUCGCCUUGCCAAUCGUGCUCGUGUCGAUCGAACCCAAGUCAGCUACACCGUCGUGCCCCGACAGACUGCUGUGCAGGAGAGCCGAUUUGCACGACCGUUGGGUGCCAGCGGCGAGGAUCGUUUCCGCAAGAUGCAGGCCCGUCAAAAUGCGUCGCAGAGAGCAUCUCGUCGGUAA